CUCCGUGACGUCACGAAUCCACCAUCGAGGAUGCGCGCGGCCUCCCGCCUCAAAAUCCGACGAGCGCCUCUCGACGCGACAAAGGCCAAACUGGGGCUUGCGCGCGGGCGCGGGCCAGUCUCCGUGACGUCACGAAUCCACCAUCGAGGGUGCGCGCGGCCUCCCGCCUCAAAAUCCGACGAGCGCCUCUCGACGCGACAAAGGCCAAACUGGGGCUUGUGCGCGCGCGCGCGCGCGGGCCAGUCUCCGUGACGUCACGAAUCCACCAUCGAGGACGGCGCGGCCUAGAGCGUCCUCCCGCCAAUACAGGAAAAUCCGACAAGCACCUCUCUCCGCACCAAAGGCCAAACUGGAGCUUCGACGUCCGCACGCGCGGCGGCUCCCCCCCUCUCCGUGACGUCACGAACCCACCACCGAGGACGGCGCGGCCUAGAGCGGCCUCCCUCGCAGAGACAGACCGGAAAAGCCAGGCGCCGCUUCCGGAAAGGAGCGGAAGCCUUUUCAUUCUGACAGAAAAGCUCCCCUCAGAACGGUCGGGUUUUUUUUUUUUAUUUUUCAUUUUAAAUUUUCUGGCCUAAUUUGCCUCACCGAACGCCCGCCCGCCCGCCGCCGGGGCCUUCCGAGGGAGCGCGGCGCCGGUCUGCAGGCGAGGGGAAAGGCCGCCAUGGCGGUCCCUGCUCCGGGCUGCAGCCUGAAAGACGAGCUGCUGUGCCCGAUCUGCCUGGGCCUCUACCAGGAGCCCGUCAGCUUCGGCUGCGAGCACUACUUCUGCCGCCGCUGCAUCUCCGAGCACUGGAGCCGGCAAGAAGCUCAGGCGGCCCCGGCCAGGGAUUGCCCCGAGUGCCGCCGGGCUUUCUCCGCGCCCGCCCUGGCGCCCAGCCUCAAGCUGGCCAACAUCGUCGAACGCUUCGCCGCCUUCCCGCCCGAGGCUUCCCUGGGCGCCGGGAGAGGGGGAGGCCGGGGAGGGGCCACGCCCUGCGGGAAAGCCCACGCCAAAGUGCGCCUCUUCUGCCUCACCGACCGCGCCGUCGUCUGCUUCUUCUGCGACCGGCCCGCCCUCCACGAGCAGCACCAGGUCACCGGCCUGGACGAGGCCUUCGAGGAGAUGCAGAGAGAGCUGAAGGAACAGCUGCAGACCCUCCAGGACAGCGAGCGUGGGCACACGGAGGCCCUGGCUCUGCUGAAGCACCAGCUGGCCGAGACCAAGUCCUCAGCCAAGAGCUUGCGGGCCACCAUCGGCGAGGCCUUUGAGCGGCUGCACCGGCUACUCCGCGAGCGCCAGAAGGCCAUGCUGGAGGAGCUGGAGGCUGACACGGCCCGGACACUGACCGACAUCGAGCAGAAGAUCCAGCGCUAUGGCCAGCAGCUGCGCAAGGUGCAGGAAGGUAGCCAGAUCCUGCAGGAAAGGCUGGCAGAAACCGACAAGCACAACUUCCUGGCGGGCAUCGCCUCUCUCUCUGAGAGGCUGAAGGGGAAGAUCCAUGAAACGAGUCUCACCUACGAGGACUUUCCCACAUCGAAGUACAUGGGGCCACUGCAGUACACCAUCUGGAAAUCCCUCUUCCAGGACAUCCAGCCAGUGCCUGCCACACUGACCCUGGACCCGGCCACCGCUCACCAGCGCCUGAUCCUCUCCGACGACUGCACCCUCGUCUCCUACGGCAACUUGCACCCGCAGCCGCUGCAGGACUCGCCCAAGCGCUUCGACGUGGAGGUGUCGGUGCUGGGCUCGGAGGCCUUCAACAGCGGCAUCCACUACUGGGAGGUGGUGGUCUCGGAGAAGACCCAGUGGAUGAUCGGGCUGGCCCACGAGGCCGUCACCCGCAAGGGCAACAUUCAGAUCCAACCCAGCCGCGGCUUCUACUGCAUCGUCAUGCACGACGGCAACCAGUACAGCGCCUGCACCGAGCCCUGGACGCGGCUGAACGUCAAGAGCAAGCUGGAGAAGGUCGGGGUCUUCCUGGAUUACGCCAAGGGGCUGCUCAUUUUCUACAACGCCGACGACAUGUCCUGGCUUUACACCUUCCGGGAGAAAUUCCCGGGCAAACUCUGCUCCUACUUCAGCCCCGGACAGAGCCACGCCAACGGGAAGAACGUGCAGCCGCUCCGGAUUAACACGAUCCGCAUCUGAGGACUCUCCUGAUCUCGUAUCUUUCCCCGGUGCAGAAAUGAAUCCCGAUACGGGCAAAAUUGUGACCUGCUCCGAAUAACGUUCUGAGCUGCCAGGACUGAACAAAGCAGAGGGUGGGGGGGGAGCCAGGUUGGCCGCGAGGGGUCCCCCUAGGGCAGAACAUGAGAAGCGGCUCUGUGGACGAUGGCCCUUGGGACUCCUUCCUCGGGAUCUACGACAUUCGCCGCUUUCAGACGCAGUGAGGAAGGAUAUAAUGGGGGGGGGGGUCUUUUAAGAGGCAGGGAUGUCUGGUGUUCUUUUUGUCAGCCUUGUUCUUAAUUUUUAAUAUAUGUAUUUUUUUUUUUUUUGCAUGCUUUCCCCCAAAGUUCCCCCAUCCUGUCAUUUUUGCAAAAUUGGCCAGAGGGAAAGGGAGGGUCAACACUGUGGAUCUUAGCGGGUUUUAAUUCUUGCUUCCAAGCUGGACAGGAAGCAAAGAGGGAACGAGCGGAGCAGUCAGAAAAUAAAACAGGGCUAACAGGUCUUAAUUCUCAACGGGAGGUUUGUGUCGUGACUUGCGCAGUAUGUGUUUGUUAUUUAUAAAAAAAAAACGGGGGGGGGGGCAGACUUAUUGGCUGCUUUCAGUGCUAAGCAGGAGGCCUGGUUCUAUACUUGCUAGCCUCCGCGUACGAAGACUGAGGGUUGAAGUUGCAUUAAAUGCAACCUAUUUGCACCUGACUGCUGAAUGAAUUAAUCUCUGUUCUGGGAAUCUGCCACAUGCGAAGCCUCCAAAGCCAGGAGGAGGUGCGCUGACCGGUCGUGUGGGUUAAGCAAAGCUGUCCUGGGUGCAAGACUCUCCCCCCUAUUUCAGAAUACAAGAGUUAUGAAGGAAUCUCUCCCCCCCCCAAAAAAAAAACCUCAAAAGGGCAGACUUGGUGCUUAAACAGCAAUCCUGUCAAUCCAAACUGAUACUCUGAGCUGGCCAUAAGAGGGCAGUGUUGGCUUAAUUCAUGCCAUGCGUG